AUGCAAGCUGUUGUAUUCAAAGGUGUGCAAAAAAUUGUCGUCGAAGAUCGUCCUAUCCCAAUAUGUAAAGAUCCUACAGAUGUAGUCAUCAAAGUGCAUGUCACUGCUUUAUGUGGUUCUGAUUUACAUGUCUACAGAGGACACGAAACAACGAGCGAAACAGAUUUUAUUAUGGCAAGUGGCCAUGAGUUUUUUGGAGAAAUUAUUGAAAUUGGAAUGGAUGUAACACAGUUCAAGAUAGGAGAUAGAGUUGUUGUACCAUUUUCAACAUCGUGCGGUACGUGCUUCUAUUGUAAGAAGGCUCUCACUUCACGAUGCGAACAUUCUCGAUUGUUCGGAUCACCAUCACUCAAUGGUGGCCAAGCUGAAUAUGUACGAAUACCUUUUGCUGAUUCAACAGCAGUUCAAGUUCCAACGGGAAUAUCAGAUGAUCUGAUGGUUCUUAUGGGCGACAUAUUUCCUACAGGAUAUUUUGCUGCUAAGAAUGCAUGGACACUACUGAGCGAAAAGGAACGCCAAGAUCCCAAUUUAAUCGUCGUAGUUGUCGGAUGUGGACCCGUUGGUUUGUGUGCCAUAACUGCUGCGUGUGAGCGCUUUCCAAUUGUAUACGCAAUAGACAGUGUUGAAGAACGUCUUGAGGAAGCGAAGAAACAUGGUGCUAUUCCCGUUAAUCUCAACAAUGACCCUAUCAACGUAAUUAAGAGAGCUACUGAUGGUCGAGGGGCCGAUGCUGUUCUGGAAAUAGUUGGACAUGCCAAUGCUCUACAAUUAGCAUACGACCUUAUUCGUCCUUGGGGUGUUAUUGCUUCUGUUGGCGUACAGUUAGACGCGUUUCCAUUCACGGGUCCUGCCGCCUAUGAUAAGAAUGUAGUAUACUCAGUAAGUUCAUCGCAAGAUCAACGAUUAAAUGAUAAUAUAGCAUCAAUGCCUUUAACAACUGAAACAUUAUCGUGUGAUGGUCGUCGUUGCCAGAAAUGCGGCAAAUGUCGAGAUCAUGGUGCAUGUGUAGGUGCUCGCAGGGGUGCUGCAGCUGGUGCUUUAAGUGUAGGUGCCCUUGCCGGUGUCUCUGUAUUUCUUCUGAGCGUUUUAGGUCCAAUUGGUGUAACUGGUGUUCUAGCUGCGAUAGGCGGUGCCGCUCUCUGUACGGCUGGAGGAACUGUUAUUGGUGCUGGAGCAGGUGCUGCUUGUGGCUCUAUCGGAGCUGAACUCUGUGGUACUGGUCUAUGUAAAUGUCGUAGAAAACGUCCAAAGGUUCUGUAG